CGCAGUACUGCGGUCGACAAGGGCAAAGGGAGAGGUGGAUGGGUUGUGGAUGACAUUCUGCCUGUGGAAACGAGCUGUUUCUUACAGAAGAUUCAGUGCAUUAUAUUUCAAAAAACAAAACAAAACAAGAGGGGGACUGAAGGAUGCGAGCUGGGAGACAAUUAGUGAUUCAAGAGGCGGCACAACCUUCUCUUUGCAGGUGAAUCAAGAGUCAUCUGGACUAGGGAGCAGGAGGAAGAGUGAUUUUGAAUUUCUCUGAAGUCAGCUACCUUGUGGAAUACGGGACCCAAUCAGAUUUCUGCUUGUUGCCAGGGUGACAAGUGUGUGAGUUUCUUUUGUUUAAGCUUGGGGAGAUGGUUGGGGAAGUCUGUACUGCCCAACUCUGUCCUUCAAGGUCAGUGUAGCUCCACCUUAAGAUUCUUUGGACACUUUUCGUGGAAACAGUACCACUGCGCCUCUCCAGGGGUCUCCUAACACAGAGCUCUCGGGGCGGUUGCCUCUCGUCUCUGGUGAAUGGCACUGCCGCUGUACCGACAGGGCGUGGUUCUCAGAGGCUGGGCUGGUACGCUGGGAGGAGUCAAUGGCGGAUUUGGUGGGCGGCCCAGCUACUGUAUCAAAGGAAGACCGGGAGACCUUCACUGUCAAUGGAAACCGAAGGAGAAACCGGAUUGGUGCACUUGUGGCCCGGUCCGACCAAUCAGCAGCUUGCCCGGCUCUCUGUCCCCACCCACUUGUCUACGCUACCAGACCACCAGCCAAUUAGGGCUGGAGCCUGUCCUGCGAGCGACCAAGCGCCAGUCACCGCCCGUGGAGCACAGUCAGAUCGCUCUUCCACACCUCCUCCACUGCAGUCACGGGGAGGUGAGGUUCCGCUCCCUCACCUGCUUCCCAGAUGACAAGAUCAGCCUCUGCUUGCUGGUGGGCAGCCAGGGACACAAGACCCUGGUGGAGGUGCCUUACUCUGGGCUCGCCCGUCUAGGCGAGCUCCUGGCACUGCAGGUCUCCGAAUCCAAACAGGACGAGGUUCUCCUCUCCCAGCUGGUCGACUCUGUCACAACGGUGGAUGGCUGCCGGGAGGACGACAUCAUGGUGGAGUCGCCCAGUCCCGGUGCACCCUGGGAAGGCUCGGCCCAGCCCUUUGACAUGAACGAGAGCCACCUGGAUUCCUUCCGCAGCCUGUUUGACAGCCAGUGGUGUAGGAUGCCCUUCCAUGCAGGGUUCCAGUAUCCAGACCCGCAGCCCACGCGCGGAGGGGGGUUGGUGGCGUUUGAGAAGAGCCAGGUUCUGAGAGGAGGGCAGUCCGAGAAGAGCGAUAGGAAGAUGGAGCAACACCUAGCUAACAUGCACGACAAGCUGCGCACGGAGUUACCCAACUUCUUUCUGAAGAACCAUGAUUACAAUAUAUAUUCCAAGGAUGUGGAGUUUAUCAACGAGUUUUUGCACAUGAAGACCAAAGGCUGGAUGUACCAGGCAGCCCUGACGCUGUGUCGCUUCCUGGCCUGGAACUACUUUGCAGAUAUUCAGAUGGAGGUUCUGAAGCUGACCCAGCACCCUGAGAGCUGGAGCGUGCAGGCGCGAUGGCGGGUCCGCGGGCUGCCUCUGCACGUGCUGCUCCUGCGCUUCUACAGGAGGGACAAGAGCGACCUCUACAGGACCUACGAUGCCUUCUCUACGUUUUACCUGGGAUCGGAUGGACUCAUUCACUGUCACAAGGUGGACAAGAUGAUGCCCGCACAGCCCCCUGCCCAGAAGGUGAAGGGACUGCUGGUCACAGCACUCGUGGCAUUGGGCAUGCAAGAGCACCGACCCGCUCUUAACCUGCUCCUCACACAGCUGGCACUGAAACUGGGGCAGCGGCACUGCUGAAGGACUGGCAGAGACUGGCAGAGAAAAGACAUCGAGUCCACACAUUGAGAUGUUCCGUACAGAAAAGCGUGGCAGACUGCCAGUUGGGUUUGUAGUUUGGCGCUGCACUUUGCAAUACCGAAUUGAAGGAUGCCAUUUGGCAGAAAACUCUGCGUUGCCAAGGGCUGAUUCAUUAGCACUCCCCUGUUUUCAGCACUGAGACCUGCUCAGGAUAUUAGGGAAGUUUAGUGAUCAGAAUCUAGUCCCACCUCCCCUUCCCAGAUUAGUACCAAUUACAUCAUAAAACAUUUGACAGUUCAGCACAACGGGAGUCUUUGCAUGAGGCAGAACAUUGGCAGACAGACAAUGAGGGUACAGCCUAGGAUUGAGGUGUGCCUGCGCACAGAGCUGUGAGGGGAAGCUGUUACUGAACCUGCCAGCCCCAUGCCUGACUCAUGUGAGCGCUAAGUUUAAACAGAAGAGUAAAGAUUUUUUUUUUUAUUUUUAUGAUGAUUAGUAAUUGCUUUUUGCACUUGACAAUGGGACGGGAGACCCAAGUACCUCAAAGAGGGUUCGCUAGAAAAUGUUCCACAGCUGCUAGUCACUCUUACGGUCCCCCAUUGGAUGUUCAAUUUUCAUUGCUCUGCGAAAUGUUUUUUUUUUUUUUUGGUUUGGCUUCACCCACAACCCUUGCAAGUCUUACAUUGUAACCACCCUGUGUAUGCAGCCCCAGAGUCGCAAAUAAAGUCUACCGGAAGCCAUUAAGAUAGUAAUAUGGUAUUUCAUGUUAGAUUUUGAAGUUUUAUCAUUAAGUAUAU